AUUGCGUCGCGAUUCGCCAGUCACGUGACGAUGGCUAGCUGAAAGGCGACUGCGGCACGAACGAACUGAGAUGAACACAAGGAACCCUAUAUCGAACAACUUUAGUCGUCGUUUUGCUUUAUUCUCUGCGUGCAUUGUUCUUUCUUAUAGAAGAAUAAACAUACAUUAGUAUAAACUCGUCUCUGUAGCUUCCCCGGCUGUCUCAGCUGACUAGCUCGCAAACAAACUUAGUGAGGCGUUCGUUUCAACAAAUUUCUAAACAAAGAUUACGUGUGAGUGUAACGUGUUGUGAUCAUCGUUUGAAAAUGUGUAAAGUAGACAUACUGAGAGCCUUGCUGAAUCAGCGCCUAAGUGCAGCUGUCGAAGAAGUGUUGGUUGUCUUUGAAAAAACUAUAGCAGGGUACGAGGAGGAACUUUCUCGGACAAAAGAGGAGAACGAGCGACAGCGGCAACUGCUCGACGCUGUGUUCAAGCCUCAGGAUGAACAACGUAGUGCAGGAGUCAGUGAAGAAGAAUCAGAACCCCCCAGCGUGAGAGAGGAAGAGUCUGUUUACAUUAAAGAGGAAGAUGAGGAGGCUGAUGUCACUGGGAUUCCAGUGAUUUGUGUUUCUGUGAAGACUGACGAUGACGAUGAUGAAGAAAAAGUAGGCUGUGGAGACUACUGUCGUGGAUCCCAAGCAGACAACCGCUUAUCUCAAGCGUCCGCGAGUGACAACACAACAUCACACUCUCCUGACUCUGAUGAUGAACACUCAAAAGGGGACAUGACAGGUCACACUGACAACAUAUGCUGGAAAUGUUCUCAUUGUGACAAAGCGUUUGUCUACAAGUCUCUUUUGACAAAACACAUGAUUAUCCACACCGGCGAGAAACCUUUCAGCUGUUUGUUUUGCGGGAAAGGAUUCUCUCGAAAGGGACAUUUAAUUAGACACACAAGGUCACACACAGGUGAGAAACCAUAUACCUGCUCUGUCUGCGGCACAGGUUUUACUGUUCGCUCGGCGUUGGAUAAUCACAUGAGGACACACACUGGAGAGAAGCCUUAUUCAUGCCUUGUGUGUGGCGAAAACUUCUCCCAAAAGGGAAAUUUAUUGAGACACACAAGAACACACAAUCAGAAUGACGUUUUUAGCUGCCCCGUCUGUUUAAAAUCCUUCUCCCAAAAGGGCUAUUUAAAGAUACACUCAAGAACGCAUACCGGAGAGAAGCCGUUUCCAUGCCUGGUCUGCGGUGCACGAUUCAGUGUUCGUUCAGUGAUGCUCAAGCACGUGACAAGAAGCCACAAGCAUGACAGCGUUCAGUGUUUGUGACGUUCAAAAUGAAAGAUUACAGCUUGUGUGUGUUUUUUUUAAACAUGUGUUUUCAUUUUAAAAUUUAUUUCAGAAGAAUACGUAUUUACUGGGCGGCCCGGUAGUCCAGUGGUUAGCACGUCGGCUUCACAGUGCAGAGGUACCGGGUUCGAUUCCAGCUCCGGCCUCCCUGUGUGGAGUUUGCAUGUUCUCCCCGGGCCUGCGUGGGUUUUCUCCGGGUGCUCCGGUUUCCUCCCACAUUCCAAAAGCAUGCGUGGCAGGCUGAUUGAACACUCUAAAUUGUCCCUAGGUGUGAGUGUGAGCGUGGAUGUUUGUUCGUCUCUGUGUGCCCUGUGAUUGGCUGGCAACCGAUUCAGGGUGUCCCCCGCCUACUGCCCGGAGACAGCUGGGAUAGGCUCCAGCACCCACCGCGACCCUAGUGAGGAUCAAGCGGUUCGGAAGAUGAAUGAAUGAAUGAAUGAACG